GCUUGUCCCACCACACCCUUCGUUGUUUGUUUGGAGGGAGUUCGAACGGAACUGACAAUGCGCAGUCUUGCCAUUGCGAGCCAGCCAACCGAUCUCGCAAGCGUGAUGGCGUUUCCAGCAACACGCCUGCUGAUCCGCAUGUUCCAUGGCGGGUCUUCUUCCUCUGCCGUGGCGGACGCGAGCAUUGGUUGUCGUCGUGAAAUCACAGCCUCCAGCCGAAAUUGCACCGAGCAGCCGAUGUCCACCCGACUCCACCACGCACUGGUGGCGAAGCUUGACUCACGCACACAAAGUCUGCACACGAGCCUUGGCGCUGGGCUGCCCGGGACUGGCCAGGCUCGCUCCCCAGUGCUGCUGCUGGGACUCCUUGGCCGAGCGUUUCACUCGUCCCGACCUCUCAGCCUGGUUUCGUCCGACAAUGGAUCGGGAGGAUUCCGCACUGGGUCGCCAUCGCUAUUCCCUCCAGAAUCGCCGGGCUCCAAUGCUGGCUCACCGGGGCGUCACGUCCAGGACGGCGACUCGUUCCAGUUCCCGCGAUCACCGUCACCACCAACAUCAUCAUCAUCAUCAUCAUCGUCACCGCCACCAUCAUCACCACCGCCACCUCCUGUGCUCUACCACGAUCACGACUUGCCAAUGUCGUCGCACUUCUCCCAAGUGAUGCACAGCAGUAUGACAAUUUUGAAAACGCUUCAAUUCAACCCACGAGGAGAAGAGAGCUUGACAGAAACAACCAAGACAGACUUGACAGCUCAGCUUCGGCUGCAAACGCGCGACUUGCGAGCCCUUGAUUUGCGGAAACAGCAACCAACUAUUCUUCCUCGCGCGAACGCCACGAUAAUCAACAUGCUCCAUGUGAAAGCGAUCAUACGCUCCAAUUCAGCCCUCUUUUUCGAUUUCGAUCACGCUGAAAUGGAAGAGCUCCGCCGCUGCCUGCACGAUCGAUUGAAAACGAGCUCUCUCUCGCUAAUGUUUAGUGAUCCACUACCGUUUGAGUUUAAAGUGCUGGAAGAGAUUUUAAUCAAUGUGUGCGCGUCGUUGUCCGCCAAACUUUCGGCGUUGCGACCCUCUGUCCUUCAGGUUCUGGCCGACCUUGCCGAGACUGAUCGAGCAGAAUUGGAUAAGCCACAAUUGACUGCAUUAUUAAACUACAGCAAACGACUCACUCCCUUUGAGCGUGAAGUAAACGACGUCAAAGUCGCUCUGACGCGGUUGCUUGACUCUGAUGAAGACAUGGCCAGCAUGUACCUGACCACCAAAGCACAAACAGGGCAUGCUCGUCGCAUCGACCAACACGAGGAAGUUGAGCUUUUACUUGAAAACUAUUUGAAUGAGGUUGAAGAUGUGGCUGCCGAGGUAGAACAAAUGAUUGCCCACAUCCGCAACACGGAAGAUGUCAUCACCAUUACGCUGGACAGCAAGCGGAACACCAUCAUGCGAAUGGAACUGCAGCUCGCAAUGGGGACGUUCUCGGUGGCCGUGUGCGGCCUGGUUGCCGCCAGCUUUGGCAUGAAUCUCCAGUCGUCCUUGGAGCAGUCUCCACACAUGUUUUGGAUUGUUUCCACUAUUAUUUGCAUGGGCUCCUGGGCCAUCUGGCGAUCACUCAACUCACACCGCAAAUCGCAUAUCGCCUACCUGAGCCAGGUCAGCCCCGCGUUCGCCUCGAGCAUUGACCACGUCUCCAUGUCAGGAUACUGUGGCAAUCCGCAGCGUGGCGAAGGAUGGGGCCCAUACUUGAUCCCGUUCAACGUGUCGAGCGGCGUUGAGGCCGAUGCGAGCACCACUCUCGAUCUGACGCCGUGCUUCAUGGACGGGUAA